UUCGCUGCGAGAACUUUACGCAUAAUGUAUUUUUUUAUAUUUGUCGUGUCGUUUUUAUUUUUAAUAAUAUACGCGGUUAAAAAGAAAGAUCCGGAACCGAUAUUCGGUGUAUACUCUGUGCCCGGCAAAUGGUAUUAUUUAAAAUAUAUUGUUUUCGCGUGCAUUUAUUAUUUUCGUAAGUACGUAAAAAGCCAUGCAGCGGGAACAGACGGGAGCGCGGGGCAGGGGGUGAAGGCCCUUGCAGAUCCCGCCACCAUGGACUGCGCGCAGAUGCUCAGCGACCACGCUAAGGCAUUUGAUGCGAUAUUUUUUAUAUCGGCAACCCGGGACGAGAAUGACAAAGGCAUCUAUGUAAUAUCGGGCUGCGAACGACGUUCUAUGGGCAUGUGCAAUGGACUCUUUUAUAUCGGGUUACCGGGUAAAGGUCUUCUAUGCAGCAAGAAGAUACCGGACACGGUACUGUUCGGAGCACCAAUCGGGGAGUUCUCCGCUGAAGGUAUCAAAAUGGAGCCUCUGGAGCCAAUGAAGAAAUGGGCCCUCUCGUACAAGGGAAAGAUGUGGUAUCAGAAUGAGCCUACUAAAUUAGUGGACGUGGAGUUCACCGGUGAGUGGUCAGCCACCAGCAAGUAUUUCGAUUUCGACACAGACUUGCAUCCGCCCGCCAUCAUCAGGUCCAUUGCGAGGGAGAAAUGGAGUCGACGGUACUUUGAAGGACUAAAGACAGCUCACCAGUCUCACUACGAGCAGUUCGGAGUACUUAAGUGCAAAUUCAAGAUCGAGCAGGAAUCCUUCGAGUACACGCUGCCCUCCUUCAGGGAUCACAGCUUUGGUCACAAGCGGGACUGGAGUCUGAUGCACCGAUACGCGUUCCAUCACAUGUUCCUGACAGACGGCACCAGCAUCAGUGUCGGCGUCAUCUGCCAACCUCUCACUGCAUCCACUAUGGAGGCUGGUGUGGUGUCAUUGCCCAAUGGUGAACUACACCCGGUGCAGUGGGUUGACCUGCAGCUGUACCAGCACGGGGAGGGUGGCAUUGCGCCUAAAGACUACGCUUUCAGAUUCCAAGCCGGUCACAAAGUAUAUACUGCACAGGUGGUAGUGGAAUACGAGUCUAUUCACUACGUAUCUAGUGAGUGGGAGGCGCGCAUGGUGGAGCGCUUCUGUAGGUUCUCUGUGAACGGUGUGGCGGGACGAGGGGUCUCUGAGUUCCACUACAGACAUACAGACGGACGACCUGAUAGUGUCGCCAACAACGACCCCGAGUGGUACAGGAAAAUGUGCCAUAAAGUGUAAAAUGAUAAAGUUCAUUUUUAUAUUGUAUUCAUUUAAGACUUAUAUU